GCCAUAGAAAAAUAUGAUUCAGAAUUCCCUUUAUGACCUGGCUUGACUCUGCACAUUUACUCAGUAACUGAGACCCUAAAGAUGGCAGAGGCUCACCAGGCUGUGGCCUUCCAGUUCACGGUCACCCCCGACGGCAUCGACCUGCGGCUGAGUCAUGAGGCCCUGAAGCAGAUCUAUCUGUCCGGACUUCAUUCCUGGAAGAAGAAGUUCAUUAGAUUCAAGAAUGGCAUCAUCACCGGCGUGUACCCGGCGAGUCCCUCCAGUUGGCUCAUCGUCGUGGUGGGCGUGAUGUCCACCAUGUACGCCAAGAUCGACCCCUCGCUGGGGAUCAUUGCGAAGAUCAACCGGACCCUGGACACGACGGGCAGCAUGUCCAGCCAGACGAAGCACGUGGUCAGCGGCGUGCUGUUCGGCACGGGCCUGUGGGUGGCCCUGAUCUUCACCAUGCGGUACUCCCUCAAGGUGCUGCUGUCCUACCACGGCUGGAUGUUCGCCGAGCACGGCAAGAUGAGCCGCGCCACCAAAGUCUGGAUGGGGAUGGUCAAGCUCUUCUCAGGCCGGAAACCCAUGCUGUACAGCUUCCAGACGUCCCUGCCGCGCCUGCCCGUGCCCGCCGUGAGGGACACCGUGAGCAGGUAUCUGGACUCGGUGAAGCCCCUCAUGAAGGAAGCCGACUUUAAGCGGAUGACGGCGCUCGCCGAGGAUUUCGCCGUCAGCCUCGGGCCCAAGUUGCAGUGGUACCUGAAGUUAAAGUCCUGGUGGGCUACCAACUACGUGAGCGACUGGUGGGAGGAAUACAUCUACCUGCGUGGACGGGGGCCGCUGAUGGUGAACAGCAACUACUACGCCAUGGAUUUUCUGUACGUGUUGCCCACGCACAUCCAGGCCGCCAGGGCGGGCGACACCAUCCACGCGAUCCUGCUGUACAGGCGCCAGCUGGACCGGGAGGAGCUCAAACCGAUCCUGCUCAUGGGCUCCACGGUCCCGCUCUGCUCCGCGCAGUGGGAGCGGAUGUUCAACACGUCUCGGAUCCCGGGAGAGGAGACGGACACCAUCCAGCACGUCAGGGACAGCCGGCACAUCGUCGUGUUCCACAAGGGCCGCGACUUCAAGGUCUGGCUGUACCAUGACGGCCGGCUGCUGCGGCCCCGCGAGCUCGAGCAGCAGAUACAGUGGAUCCUGGACGACCCGUCGGAGCCUCAGGCCGGGGAGGCCAAGCUGGCGGCCCUCGCAGCGGGAGACAGGGUGCCCUGGGCCCGCUGCCGCCAGGCCUACUUUGCGCGUGGGAAGAACAAGCAGGCGCUGGACGCCGCCGUGGAGAAGGCGGCCUUCUUCGUGACGCUGGAUGAGACCGAGCAGGGCUACCGGAAGGAGGACCCCGACGCGUCCCUGGACAACUACGCCAAGUCCCUGCUGCACGGCCACUGCCUCGACAGUUCCACCAACACUUUUGUUUCCCGCAGGUGGUUUGACAAGUCCUUCACGUUUAUCGUCUUCAAAAACGGGAAAAUUGGCAUGAACGCCGAGCACUCCUGGGCCGACGCGCCCAUCAUGGGGCACCUCUGGGAGUACGUCUUGGCCACUGACAGCUUCCAGCUGGGCUACUUGGAGGAUGGACACUGUAAGGGGGACACCAACCCGAGUAUCCCACCCCCCAGCCGGCUGCAGUGGGACAUCCCGGAGGAGUGUCAGGAGGUGAUCCAGACGUCCCUGAGCAGCGCCAGCCUCCUGGCCAAGGACGUGGACUUCCAUUCCUUCCCCUUCGACGCCUUCGGGAAGGGGCUGAUCAAGAAGUCCCGCACGAGCCCGGACGCCUUCGUGCAGCUCGCCCUGCAGCUGGCGCACUACAAGGACAUGGGCAAGUUCUGCCUCACGUACGAGUCCCAAACGAUGGAGCAGAGACUGCGAUUGUUCAAGAUGGCAUCGGAGAAACACCAGCACAUGUACCGCCUGGCGAUGACGGGCGCGGGGAUCGACCGCCACCUCUUCUGCCUGUACGUGGUGUCCAAGUAUCUGGCCGUCGAGUCUCCGUUCCUGAAGGAAGUCCUGUCCGAGCCCUGGAGGCUGUCCACCAGCCAGACCCCUCUGCAGCAGCCAGAGCUGUUUGACUUGGAGAAAAACACGGAGUACGUGUCCAGCGGCGGGGGCUUCGGGCCGGUUGCUGACGAUGGUUACGGCGUGUCCUACAUUCUGGUGGGAGAGAACCUCAUCAAUUUCCACAUAUCCUCCAAGUUCUCCUGCCCUGACACGGAUUCUCAUCGCUUCGGAAAACACCUGAGACAAGCCAUGACCGACAUCAUCGCUCUCUUUGGGUUCAGCUCCAACUCCAGGAAGUAACUCCCAGGACGGCUGCAGGAAGGACAACGGAACUCUUCCGACAAAAACCAAAUGAAAAAUAGCUGCGACUCCUGAUCCUAGUUCAGGAUGGAAAAUUGCUCUAAAAGACUCACAACUGUU